UGUCCGGCAUGGCCGUGGAAGGCCCGCCAGAGGCCAGAGAGGAGGAAAGCGUUUCCAAGUGAGGCCAUCCCUUCCCCUAUCGCUUCCCUCCCCUUCCAUCCCGGCCUGGCUGCCCUGUCCUGCCCGGGAUGCUCUCGGAGCCUGCUCGUAUAAAUGUCCCAGGCACAUCGGCGGAAGGCAUCAGUCCACCAUGAGGAUCUCUCUUCUCCUAGCGGUGCUCAGCAUCUGGGGGGCAGGCCUGUGCCUGGCCAGGGCGCCGGCGGCGCCGGCGUCGCCGGCAGUGUCCCAGGAAAGCCUGCGAGUCGAGGUGCAAGACACCCUGCAGGGCCUGCUGCAGGAGACGCAGGACUCAAUGGCCCGCCUGAGUGCCGACGACGGUGACCGCACUCGUAGGAGCGCCGGGAUCGACGACUCGGAAGACAUCAUCAUGGACGGCGAGGACGACGAGGCCGAAGACAGCCUCCACCGGUCUCGGAGGGACCUGUUCGGGCUUGACGACACGGAGGACAUCGUGCUGGACCAUGGCGAUGACGACGACGCCGAUGAGAUUGUCCACCGCUCGCUCAGGAGCGUCGGACUCGAUGACUCGGAGGACAGCGGAUUCGACAGCGAGGACGACGAGGCCGGCGACGCUCUGGAGAGGUCGCGCAGGAGCAUCAGUCUGACCCAGGACUACGACGACGAGGAGGACGACAGCCUGGUAGAGCGCGUGCGCAGGAGCAUCGCCACGGAGGAAUCACAGGACCUGCAGGCAGCGGCCAGCCACCACGAGAAGGGCGGCGGCAAGAAGUACAAGGAGUCACACUUCUCCAAGAAGGGCAAGAAGGGCGAAAAGGGCCAUAAGGAGAAGAAGCACUGGGAUGCCGCCGAGGCGGGCAAGCACGGCAAGAAGCACAAGGCGUCGCACUAUGCCAAGAAGGGCGCUCACAAGAAGAAGUUCCACGACGCCGCCAAGAAGUACGGCAAGAAGCACGAGUCCGAGUCCGGACACAAGGGCGAGAAGUUCCACCACAAGAAGGGCCACAAGAAGGGGCACAAGGUCAAAGGCUACCACAAGAAGCACCACAAGGACGACUUCCAGAAGAAGAAGAAGUUCUGGGACAAGGCGCACAAGACCGGCAAGCACAAGAAGUACGGCCAGGAGGACUCCCACCACGAGAGCAAGGAGGGUAAGCACAAGAAGGGCAAGCACCACCACUCGGGCUACAAGGAGGCGCACAAGGGCAAGAAGGGCCAGAGCAAGAAGGGCCACCACGACAAGGCGGACAAGAAGUGGAAGGGGAAGAAGGGGCACGACGCGCACCACGCGCACAAGGAGAGCUACGGCAAGAAGGGCGGCAAGAAGUCCGGUAAGAAAUGGGGCUACAAGGAGAAGCACUGAUGCUCUAAGAGAAUCAGUACCCUUGCUUGUCAGUAUCAAUAAGUGUCAGUCUGGAAGGAUCUCACCGUUGUUGUUUCUCUAGUCAAGUUGAGGAGGCAUUACUGUGAGGGUUGUUGUUUUGUUGUCUGUUGCCAUUAUUUGUUUGGCUGUUGUUAUUUAUGUAUCUAGUAUUUCGCUUAUUGUGUUCUAUUUAUUGACAAAAAUAAACCCUGUGUUUAAACUUUUUGUA